AUGAAGUUCGAAGUUGAACAAAUCUCAACUGAGACUGUAAAACCUUCUUCACCAACCCCACACCAUCUUCGCCAUUACCAACUAUCUUUUCUUGAUCAAUUAUGUCCCAAUACCUACAAUCCUCUAGUCUUCUACUACCAUUUAAAAGAUAAUGACGAUAUUACUGAAAUAUCCAACAAGAUUAAGACCUCUUUAUCAGAGGUCUUAACCCUUUACUACCCUCUAGCCGGCAGAGUGGUCAGCGACAGAUUUGUCGACUGUAACGACGAAGGAGUUUCCUACACAGUUGCCCGAGUUACUACCCCGAGUCGUCUUUCGGACGCGCUCAAGAAUCCAAACCCUAAUGAAAUAUGUAAGUUACUUCCAUUUGAAUUGUUUCCCAUCACAGAAUUUGCCCUAGGUGUCCAACUCAACAUCUUUGGGUGCGGCGGAAUCGCCAUUGCCCUAUGCAUUACGCAUAAGUUAGCUGAUGCAUUGUCAUGCAUCAUGUUCGCUAAAAUUUGGGUCACCCUAGCUCGUGGCGAGGCAGAUAGAGUGCUUCGCCCCGAGUUCAGUGCUUCAACACUCUUUCCUCCUAAGGUUGAACCUUUAUACGACGUAACUGCGGGAGCAUCAAAGGAGAUCAUAACAAAGAGAUUCGUUUUCGAGGCUUCGAAAAUCAAGGAUAUUAGAUUGGAACACCAAAGCAAUGAUGUCCAGAAAAGUCCCUCAAGAAUUGAGUCCUUGUCAGCUUUCAUAUGGAAUCGUUACGUGGCUGCAAUCAAAGAUGAGUUAUUGGAGGAAACAGAGAAGGGUUACACACUGAUUCAUGCUGCAAAUAUCCGUACGAGGCUCGAGCCACAGCUACCCGAACAUUCCUUUGGAAAUAUUAGUCGUGUUGGAGUGGUAGUAUUGAAAACCGGUGAAGAGUACGGUUAUGAAGUGACUAAGCUAAUAAGAGAAGGUAUAAGAAAAUUGGAUGUUGAGUAUUUGGAGAAGGUGAAAAAAGGAGAAGAUGAAUUCUUGGAUCUAAUAAUGAGCUAUAGUAGAGGUAUUACUGAAAGAGGAGGACAGUCCAUUUCGUUAUGCUUCUCUAGUUUGUGUAGGUUUCCUAUUUAUGAUACUGAUUUUGGUUGGGGCAAACCAAUAUGGGUCAGCUCAGCAAAUCUGUGUUUUACUAAUUUCGUAGCUUUUAUGGAUAGUAAAUCUGGUGAUGGAAUUGAAGCAUAUAUUGCUUUGAAGAAGGAACACAUGACUAAGCUUGAAGCCGAUAAGGACUUUCUUAGAGUUGUUUCUUCUGUUGGGGCUAUAAAGGCGCUAUAGGUUUCUGGAGAAUUAUAUAUUGAUAUAUAUGUGUGUGUGUGUGUGAAUGAUGUAUUUGGUUGAAUAAAUAUUAUUUGUUCGUAAUAAUAAUUUAUAAUAUUGUGUGUUGUAUAUAAACAAAUUAGU